AUGAGCAGCGGUCCAGCGGGAGAGGGUCUGACCUCAGAGCUCCUGCAGCAAAUCGGAGCCAAGAGCACAAAAGAGGAGCUUAGGGUAGUGCCAGAGGAGGAGGAGGAGGAGGAGGAAGAGGAGGAAGAGGAGGAGGAGGAGGAGGAGGAGGAGACGUGGGGUUCGGCCGACUCCUACACCAGCCGUCCAUCAGACUCCGAUGUGUCCCUGGAGGAGGAUAAGGAGGCAGUCCGCAGAGAGGCAGAGCGACAGGCCCAGGCACAGCUUGACAAGGCCAAGACCAAACCGGUUGCAUUUGCCGUCCGCACAAAUGUCAACUACAGCCCGAGCCAUGACGACGACGUCCCCGUACCGGGCAUGGCCAUCUCCUUCGAGGCUAAGGACUUCCUCCACGUCAAAGAGCUUGAAAACACUCGAAUCCUCCAGGAGCAGCGGGCCAAACAGGGCAAGUUCCACUCCAGUAAACUUGGAGCCAACUCAUCCUCCAGCCUGGGAGAAGUCGUUCCCAACUCACGGAAAUCUACUCCUCCUUCGUCUGCCGUGGACAUAGAUGCCACAGGCUUAGACCCCGAGGACAAUGAGCUCCCGGUCCACCUGCGCCCCCCCAAAGCCAGUCCCAACACUGUCACGUCCCCCCUAGCAAAAGAGAAACGAAUGCCCUUCUUUAAGAAGACGGAACACAUUCCUCCAUAUGACGUUGUGCCUUCCAUGCGGCCGGUGGUUCUGGUCGGACCGUCGCUGAAGGGCUACGAGGUGACAGACAUGAUGCAGAAAGCCCUCUUUGACUUUCUCAAACACAGAUUCGAAGGAAGAAUAUCCAUCACCCGGGUAACGGCUGACAUCUCUCUGGCCAAGCGCUCGGUCCUGAACAACCCCAGCAAGCACGCCAUCAUCGAACGCUCCAACACGCGCUCCAACCUGGGUAGUAAACUUGGAGCCAACUCAUCCUCCAGCCUGGGGGAAGUCGUUCCCAACUCACGGAAAUCUACUCCUCCUUCGUCUGCCGUGGACAUAGAUGCCACAGGCUUAGACCCCGAGGACAAUGAGCUCCCGGUCCACCUGCGCCCCCCCAAAGCCAGUCCCAACACUGUCACGUCCCCCCUAGCAAAAGAGAAACGAAUGCCCUUCUUUAAGAAGACUAAACCCCGCCCGGCUCCGCUGCGCCCCCCCGCCCGCCCGGCGCCCCCUUCUGGCUGCUCGCUCCGCUGUCCUAUCGGCGUGCAUGUCUCUUCUGAACUCACCUGUCUUUCCUCUUCCGUCCCGCCGCAGCCAAACAGAAGCAGAAGUCGAAAACAUCUGAAAUGGAGGCCUGAGAUCGCAGCUGUGUGGGGUCGACGUGCCAAAAAAACUUCAGAGGAAUCCCUCUGCGACCGCUCUCAUGGAGAACAGGGACGGUUCGGACAUCUGUCCGAGUCUCUGGUGUCUGGAGUCCUGCAGCGGCUCAUCAAGUCCAGAGGAAAGUCUCAGGCCAAACACCUCAACGUCCAGAUGGUGGCCGCCGACAAGCUGGCGCAGUGCCCCCCC